UGUGUGGCUCCCACUCUGACGUGUGUGUGUGGACGUGGAGUGCGUUUUGGCACUGCUGAGAGCCAUCAGUCUUCUUUCUCCUGGCAGGAUGUCUGCAGUACUGCUACCUUUGACCAUCCUGGUUCUUCAAGCAUCUCUGUGCCACGGAGUGUGUGUGGAGGUGGACUCAGACACAGAGGCCGUGGCCUACGAAGGCUUCAAACUGGGCUGCAUCUCCUGUAAGAUGAGGAGCGAGGUGUCCGCCAUCGCCAUAGUAGACUGGUUCUUCAAGGCUGCAGACGAAGAAGAGUUCUCUCACAUAUAUACCUAUGGAGACCCAGAACUAGUCGGUGAAGUCAUGGAUGAUCGUUUCACAGACCGUCUGCACUGGAACGGCAGCAAAGGAACGCAGGACCUACAGGACGGCUCCAUCUACAUCCUGAACGUAACCUACAACGACACGGGAACAUACGAGUGCAAAUUCAGCCGCACCCUCAUCUACCCAGGUCAUGAGUAUCCAACCAACGCCAGCAAGAUUGUCAUCAUUAACGUAGUGCCAAAACUGACUAGGGGGAUGGCGUCCAUCCUGUCUGAGGUGAUGAUGUAUGUCUCCAUCAUCGGACUACAGUUCUGGCUGGUGGUGGAGAUGAUUUACUGUUACAGGAAGAUCUCAGCAGCGGGAGAAGAAGCACUGAGAGAGAGCGCCUCGAGAAAGAAUUCAAGAAUGCUUCCUUGAGGACUGUCAUGUGCUCUCCUCUCUUCACAUCACUCACCUCCUCACCUGCACCAUCCUCUCCACCACAGAGGACAAAGUUCUCUGAAGGCUCUCUACAGAAGGACUGAGCUGUCCCUCUCUGGACAACAGCACAACUGCUUUGGUUUGUGGCUCAGUGGCCAAUGGAAGAGUAGGACUGUAUAUAUGGACCACCUGAAGCUGAUGUCAUUAGAUCAAGUGAUCACCACUUUGGAGGGAAAGCAAAACAUAAUCUGGUGGCAAAUCAUUAUUCACAAUCAAGAUUCUCCCAUUUUGAACCUUCUGGCUCAAGAAACAAAUGAACAAAUAAUGGUUUCACCAUCACCGUAUGGCUGCACCAGCUGAUAUGGACAAAAGGAGGACAUCUGAUUCAGAGCCAAAUCACUAGCAGCGAUGCUGAAGGACAUAAGAACCACUUAA